AGCGGCGUUGCUUUUGCGGCUCCACGUCGGCACCAGCUGCGGCGCAAGAUGGAGGCGCUGAUUUUGGAACCCUCCCUGUAUACUGUCAAAGCCAUCCUGAUUCUGGACAAUGAUGGAGAUCGACUUUUUGCCAAGUACUAUGACGACACCUACCCCAGUGUCAAGGAGCAAAAGACCUUUGAGAAGAACAUUUUCAACAAGACCCAUCGGACUGACAGUGAAAUUGCCCUCUUGGAAGGCUUGACAGUGGUAUAUAAAAGCAGUAUUGAUCUCUAUUUCUAUGUGAUUGGCAGCUCCUAUGAAAAUGAGCUGAUGCUCAUGGCUGUUCUGAACUGCCUCUUCGACUCAUUGAGCCAGAUGCUAAGGAAAAAUGUGGAAAAGCGAGCUCUGCUGGAGAACAUGGAGGGGCUCUUCUUGGCUGUGGAUGAAAUUGUGGAUGGAGGGGUGAUCCUAGAGAGUGAUCCCCAGCAAGUGGUACACCGGGUGGCUUUAAGGGGUGAAGAUGUCCCUCUUACGGAGCAGACGGUGUCUCAGGUGCUGCAGUCAGCCAAAGAACAGAUCAAGUGGUCACUGCUUCGGUGAAGACCCCACUGUUGCUGGCUCCUCACCCCCUUCCAAACAUCUGCAUGUCUGCUGUGACUUCUUAUCCAGUCCCCCCACUGAUGCUCUCAGGGUCAUCUCGGGGAUCGCAAGGAUGCUUAACUCUCCAUCUUGUCUGUAGUUGUCUCCCCCAUCACCAUGCCCCCCACACCCCCUCCAUGCCCAUACACACUUCCCCUUUCGUUCCCGUCUCACUCUUCCUGCAGUGCUGGGAGUAAAUGUCCCAGCAGAUUUAGAAACAGGGCAGGGAAAAUGCCCCCUUUCUUUCUAGACUGGAUUAUGCUCCCAUACUCUCCUACUCUCCUCAUAUUUUCCCCUCAACUUCUGUGCCCUUUGCUGCAGAUAUACUUCAGAUCAAAGCAGGAGAAAGAAUGUGCUGAGUGUUUUCCUGCCUUUACCCGGCCUUCAUCCCAGUAGCCCAUAAGUCCGGCAAGGGGAGAGAGAGAGAAUUCUUCUCUAUAGAAUGAGUAGGGGUUGGGAGAGGUGUAUCCAAUCUCAGCUGCAGCCUUACUUACUGGAUUCAGCAUUUUCACCCAUUUACUUCUUACUGCUCUGUCCUCCAGCCUUGAAAAAGAGAUUGGGAACAGCUUAUGUGGACGGGACAGAGUAGAUGAGACAGUGGUUUAAAUUUUAUUUGAUAGGGCUUAUAAAAUUGUAUGUUUCGGUUGCAGCUGCAUUCUCUACCCUGAUCCUGGCUUAUAGCUUCAAAACUGCUGUGGUCUGAGUGCGCUCAUUGUGGGAGUGUCAGUUCUUUUGGUCCACUAGCUUAACUCUCCACCUUUACUAACCAUGGGAUCUUUGCCUGGCUUGUCCCCUGGAAAAGAGCCAGUCCCUGGAUCUAAAACUCCAUUCUAGUCUUGGGAAGAAGAGUUUCUGCUCAAAACUGGGGAGGGGGUGGAAUUUAUGACUUGGGCCUCUGGGCUCACUCAGUCCCCUCCACUCCCCCACAUGAAUUGCACUCCUCUGCCUUGGGUCUGAAAUCUGCCGCUUAACCCUAUGCUCUCUGCCUCUGCCUCUGCCCUGUGUCCAAGCAGUAGGUCUGGGCUUUUCCCUUCCUGGGUCGCUGAGAGAGGUGCCUUUCUUCAUAGAACCUUUGGGGUUUUGGCUUGCCCCAGGAAGAUGGAGGAUGGACCACCCACUUUUGGGUCUCAUCUUUCCCAUUGACUCAAACUUCCUCCUUACAAAAAUGUCUCAGAAAACCUUCUUGAGAGUUAAGGAAUCUCCUCUACUCAUUAACUGCCAAUUCUCCAAGACUGAAGUGGGGCAGAAAACAGCAUGUUUGAGGGGGCAUCUUUGUGUAAGAGUUGUAUGGGGUCAGGAGAUAGCCACCUUCAUACACUGCUCUGUGUAAAAAAGGAAUAAAACAUUUUUUUCCAAACUG